AGAAAUAUUUGUUUGAAUCACUCACUCGAGAAAUAUCUCGAAGAAAAACAAAUAGUGAAAAAGUGCGGAAUGAAGUGUGGUUGGGUGCCGUGACACAUGCUGCGGAAGGCUGUGAUGGCUGGUCGACCCACUGAUCAGUCCGUGUACGCAGUGUCGGGAUUGUAUGAUGCGGCUUCGGACACACCGAUGUCCGGGACACCGGAACCGGAUCCCACGAUCGCAGAAUUGCUGGGCAACAGGCAGAAAGAAUUUGCACAACGUCGCGAAUGGCGCAAAGGGCAUCAGAGGAGCUUCUCCUACGACUUUAAUUUGUCCCGUCGGGAUCCGUCUUGGCGCAAAGGGCACGAAAGACAAGCCUCGAAUGACUUCCAAUACGGACAACGAAGGGACCUGGUUCGUGACUGGAAGCGAGGUCACGAGCGCCACGGAUCCAACAUAUCGCGCAAAUCCCUGGUCGCGAUUGCCACUUACAACAACGCUGUUCGGGUGGCUGCAGAAACCCAGCCGACCCCUCCCGUGACCCCGCUGGGAACCAACUAUGGCCAAGAAUGUGGACUGGGCUCGUGUCGUCCCUCUUUUCUCCAAAGAUUUGCCAAUAUUAAGUCGGAAUUUGAGAAGAUUUUUGUGUUCCUGUUGUCUCUGGUGGUGACGCUGCAACAAGCCGUGUCGUCGGGUUACCUCAACUCAGUGAUUACAACGAUCGAGAAGCGGUUUGAGAUCCCGAGCAGUUUGUCCGGCCUCAUCGCUUCCAUGUACGAAUUCGGGAAUCUCAUCACCAUCAUCUUCGUCUCUUACCUGGGGUCUCGUCGACACAUUCCUGUUUGGAUUGGAAUC